AGACCUAAGAUCUAGAUCUACAUCUAGUUAUAGGAUCUACAUGAAAUAAUGUCUUGAGGAAAGUAACAUUAUCGUAUCGCAAUGGCGUACACUGUGUCAAGAGUUCUAGCCACAGGUAUUUAUUUUGUCAGAGACUGGGUCUUUUGCUCAGAAGCCAUUGCAGUACCAUUGUUCGUUGCAUCGUUGUUUUUCUUCAACGUCUUGCGACUUCUUCGCGGUUUAUUCGUGUGCUUCUGCCGAUGGAAAUACAAGCAUGUAGAAAUACCAAGCACGCCAGACGAAUUUAAAGUUGGAGAUUAUAAUGCUGUUAAAGGUUUUCCGCAUGGCUUGGAAAAAAGAGAUAUGAAAAACUAUUCCCAUGAAGCCAAAACUAGCGAUAUGGCAGCAUUUUCCAUUCAAGGUCGAAGAAAAACGAUGGAAGAUCGGUUCAACUCCAUUUCACACAAUUUUGAAAACAACUACUCUGUGUAUGCUGUGUUUGAUGGUCAUGGUGGUGAGUUUGCAGCAGAGUACAUAGAAGAGCAAUUAUUUUGCUCUAUACGAAAGGAAUUUACUCAAGGAAGUUUUCAAAAUGACCCAGAUCUAGUUAAGCAGGUGUUGACCAGUGUGAUUCGAACUGUAGAUGCCCAGCUGGUUUGUUUGUCCAGAGACCGCAUGGACUUAUCUGGGUCGACAGGUAUAAUAGUCUUUCAAAAGGGCAACCACAUCACUGUGGCUAACAUUGGUGACUCAAGGGCAGUCAUGUGUGACACCAAGGGCAACGUUGUGGCACUCUCCACUGACCACAAACCAUCAGAUCCUAAAGAGCAACAAAGGAUUGUAGAUGCAGGUGGAUUUGUCACUUUUAAUGGUGUCUGGCGUGUGGCAGGUGUUCUAGCAACAUCGAGAGCCUUCGGAGACUACCCCCUUAAGCAACGUAGGUUUGUGACAGUGGAGCCGGAGUUUCGAGUCUAUGACAUUCAAGAAUCCAAGCCCCAUUUUAUCAUACUGGCUACUGAUGGCCUGUGGGAUGUUUUCAGCAAUGAGGAUGCUGUAAGGUUCAUAAGUGAAAGGCUAGACGAACCCCACCUAGGUGCGAAGAGCUUGGCCCUCCAGGCCUACUAUAGAGGUUCUCUGGACAAUAUAACUGUUAUGGUGAUCAACUUCAAGAAGAAAAGAGCUCUUCAGCGGAAAUUUGACAAGAAAUUAAAACAUUUAUCUGGCACAACUCCGGAGUCUAACCAAGAUGAAUCAAAAUAAGUUGGUUGGGGUUUUCUAAUUGUUUAUCUACUUAAGGUAGUAUUAGAUACUUUAAGAGAUCUAAUGUACCCUUUUAUUCAUGGGUAUUGUUUUUUUUUAGUUUUGAACUAGUCAUAAAAGUCAUUUUACUGUGUUCACUUUCCUAUACUAAACAUGAUCAUAAAUUACCAACUUAAAGCUUCUUUACUCAACUGAAGUAAUUAUCUGAUUAUAAUUAUUCUUUUGCUUUUUUAAUUUAGUGUUUUCCAAUUACCAAAAUAAUUUAGCUCAGGGCUUUCAUAUCAAAGAUUAAUCCGUUUUUUUAUAUGUAUGGAUGUAACUGGUAGUUAUUAUAGAACUACAUUAAAAUAGCGGACCAUUUUGCAUUUUUUUUUUCAUUACUUAGGUAUUCUUUUUUUAAAUGCUUUGGUGCCUUGUGCAACAGAUGCAUGAUGGGACGAAACUUUCAUUAGAGAUUUGUGGGUUGAGGCCUGGGUCAUGUGUUUGUAACAGUAUAUCGCAAUAUCAGUCUGGUAGUGUGGGUAUGUGAAUCUUAAUAUGACAGAGGAGCAAAAACGACUAAUGAAAAUAUUCAGCUCUCUCUCUCCCAGUCCCACACAUAGUCACACUGAUACCAUGUCAUAUGUCCAUGGGUGUCCUCAAUGUACAUCAAACAAGUAAGGAUUGGUAAACCACACUCAACAACCCUCCCCCAUCCCUUGCCCAAUUACAACUGAUGCUGAUAUGAUAAAUUGAAUUGAGAAAACCUAUUAACUCAAUUAAAGACAGACAAUUGUGAAAGGGAAAUAUCAUUAAAUGAAGUGAAUGGUUUGGUUUUUAAAAGCAAUUCACCUAAGGUCCCAGAUCCUGAAAAAAAAAAUGACCGACCCUUAUUGCCAAAAUUGUCAUUAUGUAUUUGCUAACUGUAUCCAGUCUUUGUCUGAUGCUCAACUUACUUACUGAACAUUUCUCUGAAAUUAAGCAGAAAGUCAAAGGAAACUGUUAAACUAGAUAGCUGUUGGUUUAUUUAUCAGAUUGGUUUCAAGAAUCAAUUACUAAAUUAAUGGCACACUCAAAUAAUUGUUUAAUAAGCUUUUUAAUGUGCUUUUUGAUAAAGAACAUAAUAAUAAUCAAAAACUAAUUUGGAUAAUGCAAGUGAUAUUUAAUCAUUGCGAUACUUGUAUAACCGAAUGUGGUUAUUGGUUAUAAAUAAAGUUAUAUUUAGGCUGAUAAAUAGUACAUUUUUUCAGUUUAAUGCUCAUAAUUUUUCUUAUUUAUCCUUAUCUCUCUCAAUCAUUGUUUUCUUUUCUUGCCUGGAUAACAUGCAUCUGGUGCUUGGGUUAAAGAGUUUUGAUGUUGAUGUUUCAGGGAGAAAAAUCAAAACUAGAACAAUAUUGGGUGCUGUAUUUUGUUCAAGGCACCUAGCUGUUAGUUUACUGUUGAAACAAGUGUGGGUUGGGAUCUUCUCAGAUGUUUUAGAUCUGUGACUGUGGGUAUAGCUGGAAGCAAUAGGGGGUUGUUUGUAUUGUUAUGAGUCAGAUCGUUGAGGGGUAGAUGGCCUAAUGAACUAUGAACUGCUGUGGGCAUAGAAGAAUGGACUGGUCUGAUUAAACCGGAACUGCUAAGCGUAUAGAGGAAUGGACUGGAAGCAAUAGGGGGUUGCUUGUAUUGUUAUGAGUCAGAUAGUUGAGGGGUAGAUGGCCUAAUGAACUAUGAACUGCUGUGGGUAUAGAAGAAUGGACUGGUCCGAUUAAACCGGAACUGCUAAGGGUAUAGAGGAAUGGACUGGUCAAACUAAUCUUAAACGGUGGGAGUCACUGCAUAUAUUUUUUAAACAUUUUUGAAUUGAAUGGAUUGUUUUCCCCCCUUGCCUUAUGAUGUUAUGUAUACAGAAAUUGUUGCUUGUUGCUAAUCAUAACAUAUCUAGAUAAUCUGUCAAUCUUUCAAUGAUUGGUUGCACAGUUAAACAAAUACCUGGAGAAAGAUACUGCGCUUUAGUAGAGUGUCUUGCUGGUCGUGAAGUAUUUAAUUAAUUAAUAUUUAAUUUUUUACUUUGAUUUGAAUAAUUUUUUUGAAAUAAUAAGUAAACAGUAAUAGAAAUGAAAUUAUUAUUUACUUGGGUUAUAAUUUUUUAAACUAUUUUUGAAGCAGACCAGCAUUUUAUUUCAUUUUUAUCAUCACUGCCAUUAUAGAAUGUUAAAAUCUGCAAGCAUUUACUUUUUAUUUGGAUAUAAUUUAUGUUGGCCUUUUUAAAUUAUAUUUUUUAGUUAAAAAAUGAAAUCUCACAAUAUUUUUGUGAAAAAUGACUAGCAUUAUUUCCCUUGUUUGUGAUAUUAGUAUUAUUUCCCCACAUUUGUUCUUAUUUAAUUUUUAUAAAUAUUUUUUUGAUAAAUAUAAAUAGAUCUAUGUAUUAUAUUUUGCAAUUGCAAUGGUGUUCUAAAGUGUAUGCUACUUUUUUUUACUUUCAGCCUAGUUUUUUUUUUACUUCUUCAAAAAGGCUGAUUUUUAUAAAACUAAAGAAAGUUCAAAUUAGAUUAUUUUUUUUUCAAUAAACAACAAGAUAACAAGAAGAUUUUAUCAAAUUUUUUCUAUAUUACUAAAAUACAUUGAUUGCUUAUCUCUUGCAUUGGGUUGUUGUGUUUUUUUUAUUAAAGUGAUAGCCUUGUCUCCUGAUCUUGUAUAAAAUAUCUAGACUUGUAUCAUAGUUUUUAUCCGAAUGAUUAGGUCUACUGGCAUGCAUCUUUAAUUAGCCACUCCAACCUUUUAAAUUUUCAAAAUGUAAAUUUUUUUUUAUCCGUCACGGGGUUAGUUCUGUUUUGUGCACUCACAGUGAUUUUACUGUGUCUGGAUAUUAGAUAUUUAAGUAUAGAAACCUAUGACUGGUAACAAGUAAAAAAUCAUUGUUGAGUUGAAUAUCAUAUUUUUUUUAAACCAUUGGUAUAGGUUUUAUUAUUAAUAUUAUAUUCAUGAAAUCAGACACUAACCAAACAAAAUUCAAAAAGAGAUUGUCAAGAUCUUAUUUGUUUAUAACCAGAAUUUUCUAUGACAAAAAAUAUUUUAAUAAAAAUCUACAAAGGAUGUAGGCCUAUUGCUAAGGUGAAAUUUUGUUUUUAAUCAUUUUCUGAUUAUGGCUCUGGCAAAAGUAAUAAAGAAAUGGUGUAUUAAUUUUUUUUUCAUAUUCCUUUUUUUUUAAUUUGAUUUUUUUGGGCCUGUUAAGUUGUGGAACACCACUUGGUCAUGUAAUCAAGCUGGCCUUCCUCUCAGUAGAUUUUAUAGGGAAUAUUUUCAUUGCAUUUCAUUGAAACAUGUUCAUAAAUAACUCAAGUGUUUGGAUUGUUUACUGUAGCUGUUUUAAUGAUGUGAAAUUUGUUUUAAGUAGUCUGUAGCUUUUCUUUGGUAAAAAAACAUCUAACAAACUAAUUGAUUUUAAAGGCACAAGAAUUGAAAUCCAUAAUGGUAUUUGUGGUGAGAAUUCAAGUAGUGGGCCUACUUGUGUCUAUGAAAUCUUUUUCUUUUCAAUAUAUUUACAGUUUCCCCAUAUUAUGACUGACUAUGGUUACUGCCAUUUUACUAGUUUUUAUUGAAAAGAUCUAGUAUAUUAUAAAUUGUUCUUGUUUUGCUUGGUUUUUCUAUGAAAUAAGAACUGCACUAAAUACAAAAUCA